AUGGCCGACAAAAUCCCAUUCAGAGUUGUUAUUAUUGGAGGCAGUGUGGCUGGUCUCGUGUUGGGCAACAUGCUUCAGCUGAACGGAAUCGAUUUUAUCAUUCUCGAGGCGUACCCCGCCAUAGCUCCCCAAGUUGGGGCUAGCAUAGGAUUGCUCCCUAACGGCAACCGAAUCCUCGAUCAAUUGGGAUUGUUCGACAAGAUUCUGGGACUCGCGCCUCCGGUUGAGCAGUUCAAUUUUCGCAAUAGCAAGGGCGAGAGAAUCGCGGGUCAUUCUGGAAUGAGACAUUCUUUCGAACAGAGACAUGGAUAUCCCAUUUUAUUUCUCGAUCGACAGGCGGUGCUUAAGGUGCUCUAUGAUAAUAUCACGGAUAAGUCCAAGGUUCUAACCGAGAAGCGUCUGACGAACAUCGAAAUGAAUGAGAAGGGCGUCAAGGCAAUCAUGACGGAUGGAUCCGAAUUCACAGGUGAUAUACUUGUCGGUGGUGAUGGAAUUCAUAGCAAGACUAGAUCGGAAAUGUGGAGGCUGGCUGAAGAGAAAAUUCCGGGCUAUAUUCCUGCUGGGGAAGAUAAUGCCCUUCCUUGCGACUAUAGCUGCAUCUUCGGCAUCUCCAACCCGAUCCCGGGCCUCGAACCGGGAAACCUACACUCCGUCUUCCGCGAGCAAAACUCCUACCUCAUCAACGGCGGCCCCGAAGGCCGCGUCUACUGGUUCUACUUCUUCAAACACCCCACCACCCUCUACGGCCGCGACAUCCCCCGCUACACCAAAGCCGACGAAGCCGCCGUCCUCCAAGCCCACGAAAACGACCCCAUCACCCCCGACAUCUCCUUCAAAGUCCUGCAAGACCGCAAAAUCUCUUCCACCCUCACCGCGCUGCCCGAAUACGUCUACAAGAAGUGGCAUUUCGAGCGCAUCGUUACGAUUGGGGAUUCCGCGCACAAAUUCAACCCGAUUGGUGGCCACGGCGGCAACUCCGCGUUUGAAACUUCCGCCGCCUUCGUCAAUUCGCUCGUGAAAUUGUUGGAAAUCUCCCCCAAGCCCACAACGUCCGAAGUCUCAAACAUGCUCGCGGGUCUCCAAGCCCUCCGUGAAUCGCGCGCGACAAUCCUGAAAGAUGCCUCGCAUGAGCAACAGCGCACAGAGGCGAUGGAAGAUCGGCUCCAUAAAUUCAUCGCCCUGACGCUCUUGCCCAUCACGGAUACCGAAGACGUGAUGUUUAAUUUUUCGGGAAACCAGCCGUAUGCGGAGAAAUUAGAUAUGGUUGAGCUGCUGGCCCGGCCCAAACUCAUCCCGUACAAAGAUGAGUUGGCGCAAGCCCCGGAAUUGCGAGGGCGGGUAGGGUGGUUGCAGAUGGCGGUUUAUAUGGCGCUAGCGCUGGGCGCGUAUCUUGGGAUGUGGAUGCAUUCGAAGAAGGCGGGGCUGGCGGAGGAGUUGGCGGAGAUUCUAAGGAGUCCGAAACGCGCGGCGGAGAAAGAUGCGCGAUUGGGGGUUUUGAGCGUGUAUUUCUAUGGGAUGUUGGUUCAGCCGCUGGCUAUCUGGUUGGUGGAGGGAUGUCGCAAGCGUAAUGAUAUGAAUCUCGUGGCCAUCCCAACCAUCUGGCUCGCUCUAUCCCAAUACCUCGGCUUCGGCAUCAUCGCCCCCAUCUACUACACCGCCUACACGCUCUUCUCCAACGCCGAACCCUACUGGUGGCCGCUCUCGCGUCUCAUCCCCGCUCACUACAUGAAAGCGAUUCUUCCCUGCCUCGUCCUGUGCUACAUUCUCCCAACUCUCCUCCUCAUCCUCCCCCUCCAAUCCUCCACCCUCACACUCACCCUCUCCAAAUACUUCGCCCUCCUCCCCCCCCUCACUACUCUCCUCACCUUCCUCAGCAGCAUCAUCCUCAGAAAACUCUCUCCCCCACCCACACAAACUCCCACCGCAUCCCACACUCCCACCGACAUCCUCCCUCUCCGCACCCUCUACCUCACAACCUUCAUCCUCGGUCUCCUCCUGCACAUCUCAUCUCUCAUCUACAUCCUCUGCUCCCCUAACCCCCUCUUCUCUCUCCCCUCCAUCUUCCUCCCUACUCUCUCCAACGCCUCCCCCUCCCCCUCCCUGCAUACCUUCUUCCUCAUCAAUUUCUGGUCCUUCCACCUCGCUACCUACAUCUGGUCUUGCAACGCAGUGUGGGAUAUCAAACGCGUGGGUCGAACCACCAUCGAUGUCGGCAAAGCAGCUGCGUUACUACUUCUCGCGAAUGUGGCUGUGGGGCCUGGAGCAGCAUUGGUGGGGUGUUGGUAUUGGAGAGAAGCGCAGAUGGCGCGUACUAGCGUUUCGGCUAAGAAAUGA